CGCACACAUAAUCUCUGUGCAGCUGUGCGACCCUGUGCGCACGCAGAGCUUUGAUGAGCAUAUAUAUCCCUGCAUACCUAAUCUCUCUUGCUUCGGUCACCUCCCAACCCUCGAGAUGCGUCCCAUAAUCGCACUUCCCGUAACCCUCCUCCUCGUCGUCCGCGCCUACACCCGGCGCUCCCUCACACCGCUGGGCAUUCUGAGCGCAGCACUCACCGCAACAAUCCACGCCCUUCAUCCGUCCGCCCUCCCGUUCACCUUGCUUUGCGUAUUCUUCCUGCUCGGCACAACGGCCACGAAAGUGAAACAUGACGUGAAAGCCACUUUGACCUUGUCAAGUAGUGGAGCUUCUGGUGGAGAGGGACCGCGGACGAGUGUCCAGGUGGUCGCAAAUAGUGGGUGUGCGAGUUUGUUGUGUUUGGUGCAUGUCUGGUUGUACGGUAUAGGCACCAGCGGGACCGGGGAAUGUUUUGGUGGACGCCGAGAGAGCGAUACCAAGGUGGCCGACUUGUUGCUGUUGGGGAUCAUGGCCAACUAUGCUGCGGUGGCAGCGGACACCCUGUCCAGCGAAUUGGGCAUUCUCUCCAACAGUCAGCCAGUGCUCAUCACAAACCCACUGCGAGUCGUGCCGCGAGGGACCAACGGCGGAGUGACACUUGGCGGGCUGCUCGCUGGCGUUGGAGGCAGCGCUGCCAUUGCGGGCACGAGCCUGUUAUUCCUACACUUCUGUGUUGGAUCGACCGCCGAUGCUCUUGGUAUGUUUCUGUUGGUGUCAGUGCUCGGAACGAUUGGCACGCUUCUCGAUUCACUUUUGGGAGCGAUGCUGCAGGCAUCGGUCAUUGAUCGACGGUCAGGAAAGAUCGUCGAAGGGCCCGGUGGCGUCAAGGUGCUCACGAGGCCCAAAACUACAACUCCAGCACACGUCCAAGGGCGUGGCCGAAGGUUCAGUGGUGAGGAGAGCAGCCGGUUGAUCAACUCCGGCAACGACAUACUGGAUAACAACCAAAUCAACCUCCUCAUGGCUUCUAUCAUGAGUAUAUCCGGGAUGAUAGCAGGAGAUCUUUUGUGGGGAUAAAGCAUAGAAAGUGAGAAGAUGGAAAUGACAUUGAAUCUUUCACGUUGAUUAUACGUAU